UUUUCGACGCCCCCUUUCCACAUCAACCUUUUCUUUCCUGGUGCUCUUGUGAAGUAGACGUGAUAUAUUUUUAAGAGUAAUUAGUGAUUAGGAAAGUAAAUAAACAAAUAAAAUGGCAUCACAAGAUAGUGCAAUGGAAAACGGUGAAGAUUUUUCACAAGAUGUAUCUACCGAACAAGUUAAACAAGAAAACCAACAGAAUGGAGGCGGAGACGCACCGCCGGCGGAUAGCGGUAGUGCCGACAGGCCAGGAAAAGAUGACGAUAAAAAAUUAUUUAUUGGUGGCCUAAGUUGGGAAACUACAGAUAAGGACUUGCGCGAGUAUUUCAGUAAAUACGGCGAGAUCGAGAGCAUAAACGUGAAAACAGACUCGUUGACUGGCAGAUCCCGAGGAUUCGCCUUUAUCGUGUUCAAAGACGCAGAAUCGAUCGAAAAAGUAACGGCUGAACGCGACCACACAAUCAACGGCAAAAAAUGUGACCCCAAAAAGGCGCUGGCCAGACAGGGCAAGAUUUUCGUUGGAGGUUUGGUGCCUGAGCUGACUGACGCUGACAUCGAGGAGUACUUCAAACGCUAUGGAAAGAUUGUGGAAAUCGAAAUGCCGUUCGACAAGACGAAAAACCGAAGGAAAGGAUUCUGUUUCAUCACGUACGAAUCGGAAGAUAUCGUGAGCGAUAUCUUGAAAGAACCGAAACAGACCAUCAAAGAUCAGGUGGUGGACGUGAAGAAGGCCACGCCCAAACCGGACCAGUUUAUGAUGGGCCGCGGAGGCAGGGGAGGUCGCGGACGAAGUGGUCCCGGAGGCUACUCGCAGGGCUGGAACCAAGGCGGCUAUGGCGGUGGUAACUACGGAGGCUACGGCCAGGGUGGUGGCUACGGAUACGACGGCUACGGUGGCGGCUACGAUUAUUACGGCGGUGGUUACGGUGGAUACGGCGGUUACGAUUACUCCGGCUAUGCAAACUACGACCAAGGAUACGGUUACGAAGGAGGAUAUGGUGGUGGACGUGGUAACAAUCGCGGAAAAGCAUCUUCCUAUCGACAACAAAAGAAAGAAUAGCUUCCUACGAGACGAACCUCACUGUACAGGGUAGAACUAAGAAGACUGGACUAAAAACUAGUCCAAACGUGUCUGGAGGCGGAAUUCGAUCCAGCUUCCAUUUUUGUACUGCGCUCCAUUUGUUUUAUUGGAUAAGGACGUUCACACACCGUUUUACAGGGUGUUACAAAUAACCCGUACAGCUAUCGGCAAAGUAAUGCCAUUUCUAUGUUUAUUACCGAAUCAUCCAAUUUACUGAAUUCGAUGAAAAAAUCAGAAAUGUUUAGAGUUGAUUUUUGGUAGCUUUAUUUUCAUAGGGUUACGUAAUGUUGACUUACUUUUUAUGUUAUAUUAUUCCCUUUUUAUUUCCGUCGUUUAUUUAUUCGUUUUCUCUUCUGUCCUUUCUACAGCUCUUUUAAUUUCUAGUGGGGUACCAAUGUUGAAAUUAUUAUUAGCCUUUGUUUUCAUCACUUUCUGGCAAAAAUUUGGCUUUCUUUUUACACAAAGAACGAAUGAAUAGAUAAGAAAAUCAAAAUUGGUAAAAGUUUGUUUCAUAGUUUACCACGCCAAAAGAAAAACAGUUUGCCAUUUUGGAAUUUUUACUUUAUUUUUCGUUUGUAAGUCUAUGAGGAAUGUUUUCAUUACUGCCUCUAGAUUUUUUAAGCUACGCAAAAAAAUCGUAGGUAUUUAUAAAAAACAUCAAAAGUCAGCUUUUGGGAUGACACUAAAUGUCUUUUAGACCAAUCUGAAUAUAGAAUAUAGAAAAAAAAAUUAAAUAUGUUGGAUAUAAUAGUCCAAAUUUUAUUUAAAAGGAACUAUUAUAAACGAAACUCUAUAAAUCAGUUUUGACUAACAUGAGAUUAAGUACUGUAAGUAGUUUUAAAAAAUUAAUAUUUUUAAUAACAGUAAAAAUACCGCAUGAUCGAAAAAAAACGACGUCC